GAAGGACUUAGUUUGCUCACAUGACGCAGAGGACAGGAAGGUACAGGUGUUACAUGUAAGCAGAUCAUAUUUCCAUCGGGCACUGGAGGGGACGGCAGCACUACACUCAGGGGAAGAGAGAGAAAAAAAACGACCUUUGUGUGUGUGCUUCAAAGGCUUGUAACCAUGGAAACCCCCAAAAACAGCCCCAGCCCUCGAAUCCCGGUGACCCGUGAUGAUAGCGGCCUGUGGAUGAGGAUGGACUCCGACCCUCUGAUGGACCACACAGGGGGCCGCGGGCGGAAGCCCCGAGAGGCGACCACGGACCCCCCGCGUGGCCCGGCAGUGAUCACCAGGUAUUACAGUGUGAUGGACGACGACGACAACAACUUUGUCCCACCUCCUCCGCCUGACGCGGCUCCUUCUCUGCACGCAGAUGCUCAGGUGAAUAAUUCCAACGUGACCUUUACAAAGGGGUCAGCUGAAGAUAAUCCCAGUGGCUUAGGUUGGCAUCCUGGGGAGAGCCGGCUAAUGGCAACGCAGAGCGCAGCGGAGCAAGUGAACACCGAGCAGACGUCUACGGACGGCGCAUCCCCGCCUGAAGUCUCCAUUCUACCUGAAGAACAAGACCUGACAUCAAUGGAGGGAGCAUGUUGUGAUCCAACCCAAAGACGCCAUCAUGGCAGAACAGCGGGCGGCGAGCAAUCGGAGCCUGAGGAUAUUUUGAGUGAGGGGCAGAAACGGUGCAGAGAGGCUCAAAGCAACAAGAACCCAAAACAGGUACCUUCAAACAUUGGGGAGAACUCUGAAAACACACAGAAUUUUGACAAAGAGGGAGAAUCAAUGUGUGGCUUUGCUAAGACGUACUCAGCCGUGCAACAUGCUGACUUUGGUGAAGAUUUUGAGUCCAAUGAGCCUCCGGAGCCCUCCAAAAGACCCCAAAACCCGACGGACGCAGCGACCUGUCGGCCGUACGUACCAGAGGUCCCAGUGGAGGAGUCCAAUGGACACUCCAUCUCCGACGGCUCCGAAGAGACAGGGCAGGGAGAUGGGAGCAGGAGAAUAUCUAAUGGUAUCCAGCAAGGAGAGCAGCUGCUUCAACGUCUGCAGCUGGUCCAGCUGCGUCAGGACGUGUCUCUACCCGGGAGCCCUGACGCCUCCCAGCAGGCUGUCCGAGAGACACGAGGCGAGACAAGGAGCGCACCUGGGAGUGACGUAGGCGAUUCGAAAGCAAGGGGAGCCCACUUGACGGGUGAGAAUGAGGAAGAAGAGAGCGGGGGAGAGAGAUGGAAGCCGAUGGCGGUGGAAGGGAGUGGGAGGUAUGCCGUGGAACUGGAGGCUGGGAUGUCUUUGUUAAUGCCGACGGUGCAGUCAGGGCAGCACAACACCACCAUGGCAGAGGCAGGAGACUAUGAGGAAGAUCAAAGGGACCCCGGUGAAACCUCCUCCACCCAGAAUCCCUUUCUCUCCACCUGCCACCGACUCUCGGCCUCCGAGGCCUGGGUUGAGGGGCGGAGCCCCAGCGAGGCCCUGGGGAGCCUGCAGAGAGCAAGCGGCAUCUUCGACGUCGCCGAUGAUCCAGACGUGCUGGAGAUCCCCUUCAAGAACCAUAUUACGCUCGACCCCUUCCCCACCGAGGAUGGCGGCGACUGGCAGUUCUCCUCGCAGAAGAUGAAAAAGGAGAUAAGCCAGGAGACGCGGAGGGAGCUGGUGCUGGUCAACCAGGGCAAGAUCCCGGGGGGGUACAGCAAAGGAGAGGUCCGCCAGCGGAAGGAGACAAAGCUCCUGUUCGAGGCCUUCCAGCAGAUCAACACGGAUGGUCCGGCAAGGCCCCCAAGACCCAUCGUGAAAGGUCACGUUUACCCCUCUGUGCUGGAGCGCACCCGCAGCAUGGAGAUGCUGUCGCUCAAAAGUCGGCCCGUCUGCAGAACACAAUCCUUCCGGCUGAUUAAGGAGAGCGAGAAACACGCAGAAAUCCUCAGGCCAUCGAGCCUAAAGAGCGGUUCUCUGGACAAAGCGCGCCCCUCUCACUCCGCAAGACACAAGGAGCGCGCGCAGCCGAGCGGUAGCGCGGACUCCGGCGGGGAUGCCGGGAGCAGAGACACGGAGGCCAACGGCCCGAAAGAAUGUCCCGCCGUCAGGGGAAACCCCUUCUUCAAGCUGCGCCCGGCCCUUGCUCUGAAGCCAGAGGUAGAGAAGGACAUCCGGGAGGCCAAGGAGAGAGAGGAAGAGCUGCGCAGACAGAGAUGCACCCUGUACGGGGAGAACGGGCCGAGGGGUGAAGACGGAGAGGGGUCAAGGUUCAAACCGACGCUCGCCACAGACGUCAGGAAACAAUUGAGGGGAAAACUGGAACGCGUAUGGCCGCCGCCCUCCAAGAAGGACCAGAAGAAUUCGGAGCAGACGCAGCAGGAGGCAAAGGUUCACCGGGUGGGAGGUCAGAGGGCGUCUCUGUGGCAGCGCUGGGAGUCCGGCCUGAUCAACGGGAAGACGCCAAAGGAAAAAAAAUGAGGUCGGCCAUGUUGAAUAUAUCCACCAUCUGCAAUGCUAGAGCUGCUCCAGUCCAAGAUGGAUCAAUGGAACCGAGGUCCAGAAGUUAGUUCCGGCUUGUACGCUUUUUCUCUCUUCCACUGUGGCUCUGUCUCAGUGUCGACCAGCAGUUUUGAUAUUUUUAAAAGUCUAGGUGUAUUCAGCGGGUAAAUAAAGCAAAAGCGUAACACGUUAAGGGGAAGACGCCAGUCAGUUUACUGCUAUCUUACCGGUUAUGGAUUUUUCUAAUUUCUAUAAACUGUCAAGUUGGAAUGUAAUGUCGUAAUGAAGCUGUCAUUUUUCUCUUUUCAUAAGUUCCCGCAGCAAAUCUCCAUUAGAUCGUUUGCAUUGAGAUUUGAAUAAAUUAGAGAAAAAAACUCUGGCUUGUAAACAAAUGGCUUGUUUAUUUCCAUAUAUAAACACACUUUUUUUUGUGAUUUUUGAACCAAGCAACAAUGAUUAUCAGUAGAAAAUGAACUAUAUUUUCCUAAUUCUGGGCUGAGAUUUUAAAGGGGCAGUGUGCUGAUUUUACAUAUCACAUUAUACUGUACAGAUGUCAUCAUGGUCUUUUGGGAUAGGGUUUGGACUGACAAAUCUAUAACAGGAAGCCUGUGUUUGAACUGGAGGUGUGGAGUUUAAAAGAUAUGGGUGUUUAUUCGGCUUGCAAAAGACACUGUCCGGGUUGCAUUAUGGAAAGUGUUGUUUCCCUUGUUUCGGGAACAUUCGGACAUUCGAGCACCGAGUCCAAUAUCAAAAAGGUCUCGUUGUGCACAAAUGAAUAGGGUAGUUCACGGAUGAAGUUCAGGAAAACUUUCCCCUGUUGACCAGCGGUCAUGUUUACUAGAGAGAGCUUGGUUUGUAAUCCUGCACAAAGAGACCCGUACAGCUUAGCCCGUCUAAGUACCAUCUGUCAGGACAAGAGGCUCUGCCGAUGGAGGAGGCCUCUGCCUGGCACAGACUCACCAGUGAUGAUGGGCCACAGCUCCCACCGACCCACCGAGCAGCAACGGCCCCGAAGUUUCAGCCACUUUCUUUUUUCUACUGUACCAGCCCCGGGUAGACAAAAAAGGGUUAAUACAAAGAUGAAUGGAGUUCACACAUCUGUUAUAGCUAAAAUACACAUAUCUUCAUAACAACUGUCGCCUUCAACUGCCAACCCCAGCCCCAACCCCACAUGAAUCAUUCCGCUCAGUUUUCUCCAUAUUUCUUUCUUUUUGCUUUUGUUCUGUCUGUCCUUGCCCUAUGUAAAGUGUCUUAGGGUAUCUAGAGAAGCACUAUAUAAAGUAGUAGUAUUAUUAACAAGAAAGAAAUUACACAAGUUUUUAAAACACAAUGCAUUUUUUAAGAUUACACCCAGACGCUUUUUGGGCUUGUGAACUCUUAUGAAAAGGUAACAUAGGAGAUAUAGUUCUCCAGUAUAUUUUGAUAAUGUUUUGUAUACCUUUAAAUACAGGUCAGUUGCUUGGAACGGAGUACUUUUACACUUUUAGGAUAUGAGUACCUCUGAUGCCACGGGUGGAGUAAAAGGCGUUGUGCAAUGGGUGGAGGAGGUGUAGACUGAUUGUUUGGGUCGUUGUUAAUACUAAUUUUACAUGAUCUCAUCAAAGAGGCCCUGUGGGAUUUUUCCAUUUUUUUAUGGCAUUUAAUAUUUAAAAUGAACACUCUUUCAUUAUUUGCAUUCCGAUUCCGUGAAUUCAGAUUUACAUUUGGAUACUAAACUAAAUUCAAACUAUUCAUACACCUUGUGUGGGUGAAAAGGUUAUUAUACCACCAGAGGGCAGCAUAGGCUCAACAACCAGGAGACAAUCAACGUACUCGUCAAUUGCAAGUUCAAUCAGAGUGCGUAGGUGUGGACGCGGGAGGACAUUGGUAUUUUCAUGGCGAUGUGAAGAAAUAAAACAUUAAGACGAGUGUCAA